UGCCCCCUGCGCCAUAAAGGGGCGGGGUCUAGGCAAUGAGGUAAUCGGGGUAAACAGUAAAGAUGGCGACGUCUGUAGCCGGAGAGGGGCAACCAAGUCUAAAUGGGAUUAUUUCCGAGCCCCAGACCAAAAGACUGACCGACCUGCCGACCGAGUUGCUCGAACACAUCCUGUGCUUCCCUGUCCUCAAACAUGUCGACAUUUGUAACGUUUCCUGCUGCUGCAAGCGGCUGCACGACGUUUGCCAUGGAAGGGGGAAGGUCUGGGGACACCAGUACAAACUCAGAUGGCCAAGACUGCAGAGGUUUUACCGUCAGAACGAGUGCUGUGACUGGCUCAGAGAAUACAGAACGCGCCACAGAGUUGGAAUACAAAUACGAAGGACGGUGGAAUCAAUCUCAAAGAGAUUCUUCACAGAAGUCCCUUGCGUUGGCCAGGUGCUGGGGGACAGCUUCGCAGAAAUCGAGUCACUCGGGAUGCCAGAGCACUUCUGCGAAGAUGAGCUCCUCUUCAUACUCAACUCUGACAAGAGGAAAAGCUUGACCUUAAAGUACUAUGCAAAGAAAAUCCUUUACUUCCUGAGACAGCAGAACAUCCUGAAGAGUUUGAAGACCUUCCUGGAGCAGCCUGCAGAUCAGCAGUCUGCUUUAGAGGGUGCCGUACUUGUGGACCAGUAUUGUAACCCACUGGCUGAUGUAACACUGAGCAGCAUAUCAGCCCAGCUGGAUGAGAUCGCAGAGAAAGUGAAGAAGAUGCUUAGAAUCAAGAACUCGUCUCACCCCAGCCUGCGUGUCUCUCAAGGUGACUGUCUUGUGGUUGAGGACUUUGAGCUCCAGAGGCAAGUGGUGUGCGCCCUAAACUCAGUCCUGUAUGAGCAGCUUCAAUACAAAGGCAACGAGUUUGACUACUACAACCCUCUCAACUCUUACAUCCACCAGGUGCUACUACGCCAUACAGGCAUUCCCAUAAGCCUCUCUGUUCUCUACAUGACAUUAGCCCGGAAGCUGGGUGUUCAGCUUGAGCCUGUCAACUUUCCCAAUCACUUCUUGCUGCGCUGGUGCCAAAAACCAACAGGGAGUGAAGACAUCUAUGACUUCGUCUACAUUGACGCCUUUGGCAAAGGCAAGCAGCUGACCGCCAAGGAGUGUGAGUACCUCAUUGGCCACCAGGUGACGGCAGAUUACUACAGUGCCAUCAGCACCACUGAGGUGCUACUCAGGAUGGUGGGAAACCUGCUGAACAUCGGCAAAAGAGGGGAGGGUAAUGAGAAAUCCUACCAGCUGCUGAGAGACUCUCUGGAUCUCUACCUCACUAUCAACCCAGAUAAUGUGCAGUACCUGCUGCUGCAGGCUCGCCUCUACUUCCACCUGGGCAUCUGGCCAGAAAAGGUUCUAGACAUCCUGCAGCACAUUCAGGCGUUGGACCCCUCCCAGCAUGGGGCAGUGGGUUACCUGGUGCAGCACACACUGGAGCACAUCCAGCACAAGAAACAUCCUGUUACGCCUGAGGUGAAGAAGCGUAGCGCUCCCGAACACCUAGAGGUCCGAUAUUCAGUGGGCCUCAUCAUGAAACACAAAAGGUCGGGUUAUAACUGUGUGAUCUACGGCUGGGACCCAAAGUGUACCAUGAGUCAGGAGUGGAUAACCACCAUGAGGGUCCACCAGCUGUCCAACGGGGCCAACCAGCCUUUCUACAACGUCCUCGUACAGGACGGAACCUGUCGCUACGCAGCACAGGAGAACCUGGAGCCCCACUCAGCCCCCCUGGAGAUCGGCCACCCCGAGGUGGGGCGCUACUUCUCCGAGUUUGCCGACACCCACUAUGCUGCCAACGAAGAACUGCAGACACGAUACCCAGAGGACAUGAAUGAAACCUUGGGCACGGUGCAGGAGCUUUACCACAGACUGAUUCCUGGCUCUGGAACCCAGGAGCAAGCUCCUGCCACAGACCAAAACAACCACCAAGCCAUGUCUAUGUAGCAAAGCAGCCGUGUCCAACACCCUGCUGACUCUGGCUAACCAAUCACUGGUCACCCAUUCUUAAAUCACAAUCCACUUAGCUGCCGCUCCAGUAUACAGUAUUUUCAGAAACAGAUGAUUCAGUGUCAAAUGUGGCUUUGUGCCACAGUAAUGUUCCUGUGUAGAUCUGGCAUUUUAAACAUUUCCUGGAAAGGUCUGGGAAAAGACCAAAAAGUCUGGAAGCAUGCUGCAAAGAUAGCUACGGAUUUAAACAUCCUAAAUACCACAGUGUAUUUGUUGAGAAAACAAAGCUCUCACUGUGGAGCGAUAAGGCCUAGUUGGCUGUCCAUGAUCCAGGAUGCAGGGGACUGAGUUUGUAAAAAUAAUGGACAAGUAAACCUUUGGGGUGGGGGGGAACACACAGUUAAGUGGAAGAGUAAGUUCAGGAUGGGUGUCCAGGUGCUGUAAAUCUCCCUUUUACCUGAAAAACAAGGAAUGCUCCAUUACCCCUGACAACACCUCCCUGCACCCAGGACCAGUCAAACAAGCCCCCCGGAUACAGUAUAGUCCAAACCUGCAGUUACAGCACCACACAGAAGACUAUAAAGAAAGACUUUGUACAUUGACUAUUAAAUCUCCCAUCUUUUAAUCAAGUUUCAUGCACUUAUGGAAGUUUAACUUUCACAUUUCUAGAUCAUCGUUUUUGUUCCUGUAUAUUUACAAGUGAAACAUGUAGGAUGUCAUGGCUCAUCAGUGUUGUUGAGCUGUUCAUUGGGAGGUUGUGGGGGGGGGCACAAAACAAUUGUGAGACCACUGACUUGAAACUGACAUGACUCUGAGCUUUCGCGAAAUUACAAAAAAAUAAAGGGUUUCAAGUUUUG